AUGGCGGCGGCAAUAGGGGUCCGCGGCUGGUGCGAGCUGCCGCCUUGCUCCGGCCCAGGCUGGCUCCUCAGCCUUUCUGCCUUGCUGAGUGUGGCGGCUCGAGGGGCCUUCGCCACCACACACUGGGUCGUCACGGAGGACGGGAAGAUCCAGCAGCAGGUGGAUUCACCAAUGAACUUGAAGCACCCCCAUGACUUAGUCAUAUUAAUGCGACAAGAAUCAACAGUUAACUACCUCAAAGAACUAGAGAAGCAAUUAGUUGCUCAAAAAAUUCACAUAGAAGAAAACGAGGACAGAGAUACAGGACUGGAACAGAGACAUAAUAAAGAAGAUCCAGACUGCAUCAAAGCCAAGGUGCCCUUGGGAGACCUGGAUCUGUAUGACGGCACAUACAUAACUUUGGAGAGCAAAGAUAUCAGCCCAGAAGAUUUUAUAGACACAGAAUCGCCUGUCCCUCCAAACCCUGAGCAGCCUGACUGCACUAAAGUUCUAGAACUUCCAUAUAGUAUACAUGCUUUUCAGCACUUACGAGGUGUACAAGAGAGAGUGAAUCUUUCGGCACCUCUGUUGCCUAAAGAAGACCCAGUCUUUACUUACUUAUCUAAACGAUUAGGAAGAAGCAUAGAUGACAUAGGUCACCUCGUUCUGGAAGGCCUGAGGAAGAACUCUUCCUCAUGGGUAUUAUACAACAUGGCUUCAUUUUACUGGAGAAUAAAGAAUGAGCCGUAUCAGGUAGUGGAAUGUGCCAUGCGAGCGCUUCACUUCUCUUCCAGGCACAAUAAAGACAUAGCUCUGGUCAACCUGGCAAACGUUCUGCACAGAGCGCACUUUUCCGCCGAUGCUGCCGUUGUGGUCCAUGCAGCCCUGGAUGACAGUGGCUUCUUCACCAGCUAUUACACUUUGGGGAAUAUAUAUGCCAUGCUUGGGGAGUAUAACCACUCAGUGCUCUGUUACGACCACGCUUUGCAGGCCAAACCUGGGUUUGAGCAGGCUAUAAAGAGGAAGCAUGCUGUCCUGUGUCAACAAAAACUGGAGCAGAAAUUGGAGGCUCAACAUAGAUCUCUCCAGCGAACACUGAAUGAGUUGAAAGAGUACCAAAAACAGCAUGAUCACUACCUGAGACAGCAGGAGAUACUAGAGAAACAUAAGCUGAUUCAGGAAGAGCAAAUCUUAAGAAACAUCAUCCACGAGACUCAGAUGGCAAAAGAGGCACAGCUAGGAAACCAUCAGAUAUGCCGUCUGGUCAACCAGCAGCAUAGUCUACAUUGCCAGUGGGACCAGCCUGUGCGCUACCAUCGUGGAGACAUCUUUGAAAAUGUGGACUAUGUUCAGUUUGGUGAGGAUUCAUCAACCUCUAGUAUGAUGUCUGUGAACUUUGAUGUUCAGACAAAUCAGAGUGACAGCAGUGAUUCCGUCACGUCUUCUCCUGUCGCUCAUUCUGUUCUCUGGGUCUGGGGCAGGCACUCGGAUGCAUAUAGGGACAAACAGCAUGUUCUAUGGCCUCAAAGAGCAGAUUGUACAGAAAGCUACCCUCGAGUCCCUGUCGGUGGGGAAUUGCCAACUUAUUUUCUGCCUCCGGAAAACAAAGGACUCAGGAUCCACGAACUCAACAGUGACGACUAUCCUUCAGAAGAAGAGGUCCAAACCCCUGACUGUUCCGUAACUGACUUCAGAAAAAGCCAGACCCUGUCCUACUUAGUCAGAGAAUUAGAGGUUCGCAGGGAUCUGAAAGCCAAAAUGCCAGAUGACCAUGCACGAAAAAUUUUGCUUUCCCGUAUUAAUAACUAUACUAUCCCAGAAGAGGAAAUUGGGUCUUUCUUAUUUCAUGCUAUUAACAAGCCAAAUGCUCCUGUCUGGCUCAUACUUAAUGAGGCGGGACUCUACUGGCGAGCAGUAGGAAACAGCACGUUUGCCAUUGCCUGUCUUCAGAGGGCUUUGAAUUUAGCGCCGCUUCAAUACCAGGACAUUCCUCUCGUCAACUUAGCCAACCUUUUGAUCCACUAUGGCCUUCAUCUUGAUGCUACUAAGCUGCUACUUCAGGCUUUAGCCGUCAACAGCUCUGAGCCUCUGACCUUUCUGAGCUUGGGAAAUGCUUACCUUGCUCUGAAGAAUGUCAGCGGAGCACUUGAGGCCUUUAGGCAAGCUUUGAAAUUAACUACCAAAUGCCCAGAGUGUGAAAAUAGCCUGAAACUGAUCCGAUGUAUGCAGUUUUAUCCUUUUCUGUACAACAUCACCUCCUCCAUUUGCAGUGGUCAUUGUCAUGAGAAAACCCUGGACCACAGCCAUGACAAACAGAAAUAUUUUGACCACUCACAGUCACUGGAUGCUGUUGAAGAAGAGCCCUCUGAGAGAGGAACAGAGGAGGACCCUGUGUUUUCUGUUGAGAAUUCAGGGAGGCACUCGGAUGCCCUUAGGCUUGAAAGUACAGUGGUGGAGGAAAGCAAUGGCUCUGAUGAGAUGGAAAAUUCAGAUGAAACAAAGAUGUCAGAAGAGAUACUGGCUUUGGUGGAUGAAUUUCAACAGGCAUGGCCUCUGGAAGGCUUUGGAGGCGCACUAGAGAUGAAGGGGCGGCGUCUGGAUUUACAAGGGAUCCGGGUACUCAAGAAAGGUCCCCAGGAUGGAGCAGCCAAGAGCUCUUGCUAUGGAGACUGCAAAAGUGAAGAUGAUGAAGCAACAGAAUGGAUCACAUUCCAAGUGAAACGUGUCAAGAAACCCAAAGGAGAGAAUAAGAACACUCCCGGGAAAAAAAUGGAAUCAAACCAAGCAGAAAAUACGCACCGGUACCAAUCCAACCUGGAGAUCACCGGCCCAAAGGUGGCAUCUCCUGGACCACAAGGAAAAAAGCGUGAUUACCAGAGUCUGGGAUGGCCCAGCCCAGAUGAGUGCCUCAAACUCCGCUGGGUAGAGCUGACUGCCAUCGUCAGUACCUGGCUUGCAGUUUCUUCAAAAAACAUUGACAUCACAGAACACAUAGACUUUGCCACUCCGAUACAGCAGCCCGCCACGGAGCCUCUCUGCAAUGGCAAUCUCCCCACCAGCAUGCACACCCUGGACCACUUGCAUGGGGUUUCCAACCGAGCCAGCCUGCACUACACAGGGGAGAGUCAGCUAACAGAGGUAUUGCAGAAUCUUGGCAAAGACCAGUAUCCACAGCAGUCACUUGAACAAAUUGGCACCCGAAUUGCCAAAGUUUUGGAAAAGAACCAGACCUCCUGGGUGCUCUCCAGCAUGGCGGCCCUCUACUGGAGAGUGAAAGGCCAAGGAAAGAAGGCCAUCGACUGUCUCCGCCAGGCUCUCCACUACGCGCCACACCAAAUGAAGGACGUGCCCCUGAUUAGCCUGGCCAACAUCCUGCACAAUGCCAAGCUCUGGAACGAUGCCGUCGUAGUGGCCACCAUGGCAGUGGAAAUUGCACCGCACUUCGCCGUGAACCACUUCACACUGGGCAAUGUCUACGUAGCAAUGGAAGAGUUUGAGAAAGCACUGGUCUGGUAUGAGUCGACACUGAAGCUGCAGCCUGAGUUUGUCCCAGCGAAGAAUCGGAUUCAGACCAUCCAGUGCCACUUGAUGCUGAAGAAGGGAAGGCGGUCUCCCUGAUGCGCUCCUCCUCUCUUCUCGCCCUCACUUUCUCUCACCCUCUUAAAAAAAAAAAAAGCCAGUCAUUGUCAGUAUCUACUCUUAAUGACAUGUGUGAAGAUAACUGAGUAAGAUGUAACAACAAACAGAACUUUGAAAUAUGUGGGAAUUGGUUUAUUUUUGUUUUGUUUGGCUUUUAAGUUCCUUAUUUUCCCUACCCAUCCCCAGAAAAGGUGUCUUCAGAAACAAAGAUUUCUCAAAAGGAAAGUGCAGCUUAAAGAUACUGUGUAAAUACUGAGCCAAGAUCUCUCUGGAGCUGUGCUCCGUCUCUGAAACCUCAAUGCCUCUAGGGCUUUUCUCAGUGGUCCAGCCAGCCCCCUCCUCAUUGGACGAGGCUGAAAGUGCUUUGCACAUUCUCUGCUUCCUGCCGUAGCCUCCCUUGUCAAUGGAAAUGCAAAAGCCCGCCUGGUGCCAGUCAGUGAGAAGCAGUGUUCUGCACUCUCCCCAUUAGAUCUCCAUGCUUGUCCCCUGUCGUGUCUGUUCCAUGCUGCUAUUUACAAACUCUCAGAGGUAGUUUGCAGGGGAGGAUAGGGGAAAUAAUUUUAAAAGCAAUAUCUACAACAGCAAAAACUCUUAGGAUCACCUGACCUUUGUCAUGUUAUUUAUGUUGGGGAGGGAGGGGGGCUGAGAAGGGGAAAACAGCAGUGUACAACAUCUAUAUCAUUUGUAUUUUAAUUCCAACACACAAGGAAACCAAUAAGUUGAAAUCCUAUAUAACAGGUUUAUAUAUAGAGAACAUGUAUAUUUGAAGCCCUCUAUAGACUAUGUUUUCCUAAUUCUUUGCUCACUGUGUUACCCAUCUUGGAAUAAGCUGUGAGUGUCCACCCCCGCCCUCCGAGGCCUUCUGACUUAGCUCCUCAGGAGAGAGUAAUGAGCCAAGGUCGAGUGUUCCCACACAAUGCUUCUACCUUUGGUCCCAGGAGAAUCAGAAACUCCAGACAUUUUGGAAUCUUCAAGGGCACAUACUGAGAACAAAAAUAAAAGUUGUUGAUGAGC